ACGGGCAACGAACGGAUUCACGAAGGGGGUGUCGAGUGACCUAGGUACAACACCUCUUAAAAGGCCAACUUUAAUAAUCAAGGAACAAAGCACAGUCUAGCAUGCUCAAACACUCUGUCGCUUUUAGGAAUGUAACCAUAUAAUACACAAGUUAGUUGGUACCUCAUGUUAGUCUACAUGUGCAUUUACAGGGACAAACACACACACCAUUGCAAUACACGUCAAUAGGGAUACUUGCAUAACUAUCGCAAUGCUUAAAGCACUUAUGUUAUGAUGUUAUAAUCAGUAUUAUUCAGCAACAUGAUUUAAUAGAAGCAUAUAGUCCUAUGGCCUUGAGAAUGUCAAACAGAAACAACAGGUUGAUGUCUAAGGAUGUAUGAAAACAAGUGUUAAUGUUUUACAAGUUGAAUGUCAUGUUCCGAUGUUGGUGCUGAACUGAAUGUUAAAAUAACAUUGUGAUGUUAGAAUAACAUGUUUUGAUACUAAAAUGUUAAUGAUUAUAAGAUAACUGACGCCAAUGUGAGCUCCUCCAUAAUCAUUAAGCCACAAAGUAGAACAUUAAGUUUCGGUAGUCUGGUGAAAGGCCACUAGGGGUCAUAGUCAUUGCAGUACAAUGGCAAAGCCAGGCAACCCAUAUAAGGACAUCCUUAGGAGUUCAGCUGAGGACACCUAAGGAGUCAUCUGCGGUCAACCACUGAGUUCAUCUCAGGACAGGAUGAUGACCAAAUAUGGCAGUCCAGGACGGGUCAAACGAGGACACAAGUUCAACCAAGGGGAUGAGUCAUGCUGAAUCAGCGCGGUCGGGGAAAGUACAAGCUAUUCUGGGAAAGACACUCCUCUGGGAGGUCUCAGAAUGAGGUAAUGGACACUCCCAUGAGCAGGCGGAGACUGAAGACAGCAUAAAAAGAGGACGCGCUCUACAAUCGACGCUGGCUCCAGGCGAUCCUCUCAUGGAUCGCAUCUCCGAAGCUCCAAGGCUCGCAACACAGCUCUGGGACUGCUGAAGGAAGAUUGGACUCAACUCAUCUGCCCAGCAGAAGGAGAGGACUCCGUCUUUCAGAUGAACCUGAGACACCAACUAAAGAUUCUGUCUGCGGCGCUACCGAGAGAAGAGCUGAGCCUGAGUGAGCACGGAGCCAGUCACCGCAGCGGUCCCCAACUUUGCCUCUCUCGGGAGCAACCUAGAGCCGUCAGGACAACCAGGGAAGGUCGAAGGCCUGAUCACCCGACGCCCGACCCGCAUCAACUAGACUUAUCCCCAAGAAGCGAACUCAUCCUCACUGGACUUUUUGUCUACACUACCGGCUUCAUCAUUGGGGCUCAGCUAUCAACUGCUAUCAAUGUAACCUUGGAGUGUCCUACUUCACCAGCUGGGACUGGAGUACUAAAUGUACCCUCACCAAAUGUGGAAAAGGAGAUCAGUGCUUCAUCACCAAAGAUCAGAGUACAGGCACCUACCAGGUGGGCUGCAAGGCUGGUUGGAAAGAUAAUGCUAACACUAAGUGCUGUGACACUGAUGGAUGCAACAACUGGCUGGACGUGGCUGCUGAUGCACCAGCAUGGAAGAAGCUGGAGGCCAUCAAGGCAGCUUGCAGCAACAACAACGAUCUCAAAGCCUGCCUGGAAGCCAUCUCCUCCACCAAGACUAUCAACUGCUAUCAAUGUGACCUUGGAGCAGACUACUUCACCAACUGGGACUGGACUACUAAAUGUACCCUCACCCAAUGUCCAACAGGACAGCAGUGCUCCAUCACUAAAGUGUCACGUGAUGCAGUCUCCUAUAAGAUGGAAUGCAUGCCUGCUUGUAAAGAUGAUGCUAACACUAAGUGCUGUGACUCUAAUGGAUGCAACAACUGGCUGGGCAUGGCUGAUCCAACCCAACAGGCUGCUGUCAGGACAGAAUGCACCAACACCAGCAUUAAUCUCAAAGAGUGCCUGGAUGCCAUCAAGACCAAGACUCCCAGCUGCUAUUCAUGCUCUGGUCCCCUUGGAGCGAACUACUUCACCAGCUGGGACUGGAGUGCUCAAUGUACCCUCACCCAAUGUGCAGCAGGAGAUCAGUGCUCCAUCACCAAAGUGUCAGGCACCUACCAGGUGGGCUGCAAGGCUGCCUGUGACAGUGAUGAUGCUAACACUAAGUGCUGUGAUGCUGAUGGAUGCAACAACUGGCUGAACGUGGGCGAGGAUGCUGAUGCAUGGAAGAAGGUGGAGGCCAUCAAGGAAGCUUGCAGCCCCUCCAGCAACGACCCCAAAGACUGCCUGAAAGCCAUCGACCCAAACCUCAUCAGUGGUGGGGGGGGGGCUGGCUGGUGCUUUGGGCCUGCCU